AUGAGCCUGCAGUUCCGUGCAGCAGUAGAAGACGCCGCGUGGCUCCACCAAUGCGAAAUGGCCGGUGGUGUAUCUGUUAGAGAGUUCUACAAAGACAAGAAUGUCCUUCUAACUGGUGGAACCGGAUUCAUGGGGAAAGUUCUGAUCGAGAAGCUUCUUUAUUCCGUGCCCGAUAUCGGUACUAUCUACGUGCUGAUGAGGCCAAAACGCGGAAAGUCUGUAAAGCAACGUAUGGAGGAAAUGCUGCGAUUGCCCAUGUUCAGUAGGAUCAAAAACGAACGGCCGGCCCUUCUUAACAAACUGAAGCCUUUGCAAGGCGACGUGUUAUUUGAGAACUUUGGUUUGUCCGACUCCGAUAUCGAAGGCCUAUCAAAUGAGGUGUCGAUUCUCUUCCAUUUCGCUGCAACAUUGAAAUUGGAAGCGCCGCUGAAGGACAACGUGGACAUGAAUACGUGUGGCACCAUGCGCACGCUCAACAUUGCAAGGAGACUCAAAAAUCUCCUUACCUUUGUCCAUCUUUCAACAGCCUUCUGCUACCCUGAUUACGAGGUUCUCGACGAAAAGAUGCAUGCGCCUCCAGUGAAGCCCGAGGAUGUGAUGAGACUGAUUGAAUGGCUGGAUGACAAGCAGCUCGCUUUGCUGUCGCCGUCACUGCUGGGUCCGCAUCCUAACAGCUACACGUUCUCCAAACGACUCGCAGAGAACGUCGUGGAACAAGCAUACGAUGAACUGCCGGCAACCAUAGUGCGGCCAAGCAUAGGCAAGUCUGUAAACUAUGCGAAAUUAUCUUGUGGCAGGCUUGUGUGGUGUGUGUGCCCAGCUUUAUCGGAGCCGUUACCCGGUUGGGUGGACAAUCUCAACGGGCCAGUGGGAGUGAUGCUCGGCGCUGGUAAGGGCGUCAUCCGUAGCAUGCUCUGUGAUGGUAGCCUGACCGCGCAAGUGGUACCGGUAGACACCGCCAUAAAUGCCAUCAUCGCCAUCGGAAUGCUCGAGGGGACGAGGACUGAAAAGCCUUUAGCUAUCCCUAUAUACAACGUGAAUAUCGGCCACCAAAAGCCGACGUCUUGGGGCGAUGUCCUGAACAUAGCCAAGGAUUACGGUCGGAAAUACCCCCUAGCCUGGCCGCUAUGGUACCCCAACGGAGACAUCACCACCAACGAGACCCUGCACUACUUCCGGCGCAUCUUCUACCAUCUGCUGCCAGCUUACACCAUCGACUUUUUACUCUUCCUUUGCGGGCAAAAGCGUUUCAUGGUGAGGAUACAGGACAGAAUCAGCCAAGGUCUGCAUGUGCUGCAGUACUUCACGAUGAGGCCAUGGGUGUUCCCAUGCCCCAACUUUGACGCAAUCCACGAGCGCCUUGACGACGAGGAGCGGAAGAUCUUCAGGACGGACCUCACCACUGCAGACCGCGUCAAGUACAUGCACAACUGCGUAGAGGGCGGACGCGUUUUCUGCUUCAAAGAGGACCCUACGAAAAUCCCGUACAAUAGAUCCUACCACAACUUCCUGUACUUCCUGGACUGGAUGGUGAAGAUUCUUUUCUGGCUGCUCGUACUGUCGUUCAUGGCUACAUGGUUCGAACCCGUCAAAGUGCUCUUUAGCUACGGAGAGCCGGUGGUAAAACGGCUACCCUUCUUGGGCGCCGCUGUCUUCAACGAGAACAAC